AUGUAUGAUAGCUGCCUGACACCGAACGGGCAGAACGGUAUCUGCAUAGUGUACGCAAACUGUGACUUCAUUCUGCAGCUGCUGAUACGAAAUAGCUACCUGCACGACGCUACGAUCGAGGAUUAUGUCGUCGAUUCCAUCUGUGGCUAUAGUGAUACUACGCCAAUGGUAUGCUGUCCAACGCUAAGAUUCGCGCAAAGUUCCGCAACCGCAACCGCCACUAGCAGUGCCACCACUAGCAGCACCACCACCACCACUUCCUCAGGAUCGUUCUAUUUCACCAACAUCCCAUCAAGUGGCACGACGACGCCAAAUCCUAAUCCAACCACCGGCAGUCCCAAUGGUUCCGUUAAACUCCCCGUGAACGAUGUCGAUCGUUGUGGCAUGUCCAAUGCUACCCAUCUGCGAGUGGUCGGUGGAGUCGAUGCGCAGCUCAAUGCAUGGCCGUGGAUGGCCGCACUCGGCUAUCGGACUGCCACGUUCGAGCUCAACUCCGGACCACGGUUCCUGUGCGGUGGUUCACUGAUAACGACGACGCACGUCCUUACGGCAUCACACUGCGUGCAGAGUGGGUUGUACUUUGUGCGGCUUGGGGAGUAUGACAUAAGCAGCGAUCAGGAUGGUGCCAAUCCGAUCGAUGUCUACAUCCAGCGUUCCCUCACCCACGAGCGGUACAAUGAGAAAACGAUCCAGAACGAUAUCGCGCUGCUGUUGCUACAGAAGAGCAUCACGGUGACUGAUGCGAUCCGGCCAAUCUGUCUGCCCUUGGACAGCCGGCAGCGUACGAAAGAUUUGACCUACUAUGCGCCCUUCAUCGCCGGUUGGGGUGCCGUCGCAUUUAAUGGACCGACGGCCACGAAGCUGCAGGAGGCGCAGGUGGUCGUGCUUCCGGUCGACCAGUGUGCCUUCAACUACAAGCUAUACUUUCCCAACCAGGUCUUCGACGACACCGUCCUGUGCGCUGGUUUUCCCCAGGGGGGCAAAGACUCCUGCCAAGGUGAUAGCGGUGGGCCACUAAUGCUACCGGAGCUCUCAUCUAAUGGCCAGUACUACUACUACACACUGAUCGGCAUCGUGUCCUAUGGUUACGAGUGCGCCCGUGCCGGAUUUCCGGGUGUCUACGUGAAAGUGUCCGCGUAUCUGCCCUGGAUCGAAGCGAACCUUAACUUCUGA